AUGGACACCGCCUACGCUUUUUCAGCGCAUACUCUACCAGCUGACCCACGAGACCGCACCGAUAUCACUGAUCUUUUCACAUUCGAGUUACCCAUCCAACUCACAGAGGCCUAUGGCAUCCACCAGUUAGUAUGUUUCGCGGUUCUUGCCGCUCGUCAGGCAUGCGUAUCCGGUGAUCUUUUGUCUUUUCAUUCAUACACCUGUACCCUACAGGCCCUAUCCUCGUGCGAGGAUAAUGGCAUCGAUUUACUCCCAGGUGGCCGGCUGUCUGAUCUAGAGUACGCAGAAGACAUUGUGCUACUAAGUGAAGAUCCAAGUAAGUUGCAAGCAUUUCUGGAUAACUUGAAUGCCAGUGUAGCCAUAUUCGAGCAUGUGGAUAAGUUUUGUUAUUUGAGCAGCUACAUCUCACCCGGUGGACGCAUCACAGAUGAAGUGUCAGGUCGCAUACAGAAGGCUCGGUUUGCAUUUGCUAACUUGAGACAUCUGUGGCGCCGUCGCGAUAUCCGGCUGUCUGUGAAGAGUCGAGUGUAUGCGGCGGCAGUUCGACCAGUUCUGCUAUACGGCGCUCUGUGA